UAUAAACCUUAAAUCUAUUUUUACCAUAUACUGCAAUAAAAAUAGUACAUGGUUUUUCACCGUGUUUCUAAGUUUGGUAUGUGAAGAAAAUUAAGAUGAGUCUGCGCGUUUCAGAGUUUUCUCACGUUCUGAGCACGUGGGAAGUUUAUCCCCGUGUGCAUUAUUUCCAGAAACGCUUCAGAGAUCUCUUCAAAAGAUUUGGCAACAUAACAAAUAAGGGGCCAUAUUCUAAGCUCUUUAGAAAUCUGGACCUGAUAGAUCAGCUUGAGGAUUUAUGCAGUGAUCUUGAGAAGUCACUGCAGGUGGUUGUCAUUGGUAAGGACAACAUGGGGUUGAAUGAUUUUAUCAUUACUGCAGAUCCACUACAGCGAAAGGCAAAUGACGUAACAUUGUCAGAAACGGGAGCUAACUUUCCUGGAAUAACCAUAGUUAUAUGUUAUGCAAAGAUACACAAUACAGACAGAGAAGGAGUUGAGAACGCAAUGGAGACGGUUGAUCAUUUCAUGUCUAACAUGAAGAAAAUGAACCCUAGUUUAGUGAAUAACAUGUUCAUUGUAUGUGAAACAAGUGCAACGAAACUGGUAAAUGAAGCCGAACAGUUCCGCAAUGAUAUCCUGUCUAACAUCAGAAAAUGCUAUGAUGUCAGACUAUCCUCGGAAAGAAUCAUAUUAGGACUUGGUGGCAAAUCGCUCAGCAGCAAGAUAUCUGUAAUGGUAGAAACAAAAAUCGUUCUUGGUUUGAUAAAGACCGAUGCCCACUUGCAGAAUUUUGUUAGAGAAAAAAGUCGUAAUAAGACAGAAACUUUCGAUGUAUUAGAAACAGAACAGUAUUUAUGUGCAGUACAAGGAUUUUUGAAAAACGGAUUAGGAUUUGUAGACAUGCUGGAGAACAAUAAAAGCGAUCUAUUUAUUGAAAUUCUUCUGGACAACCUCACACGCGUUAUCAGAUGCGCGAUUCUAGACCCGUUGUCUUCGAAAUAUAACAUAUCACAAGAUGCUUGCAACCGACUCGCCCAGGAGAUGAACCUUGAAGAUGAGCUUAGAAAGAGCAUUUCAAAAAACACGCGCUACCAUCUUAGUAAACUAGAACAGCAUUGUCGAGAUAUGGUUAAAGCGACGGAAGAGAAAAACAAGUGGUACAAGUUUCCUGGCAGGAACUUUAUGUUUAUCGUAUAUCCUUUACGGGACGAUAUUAGGAAAUCAGUUCUUCUCUUCGAAGAAAGUCUAAGCUCUGUCCAGCGCAGUGCAACUGUAAUGAAAAAGAUGAUGUUUGAGAUCGACGGAUAUAUUCGACAAUCAAUAGUUGAGCCGGAAAACAUAAAGAGAGGAGAGAAAAAGGCAACAAUAUCGGAGACUUUGCGGCAGAAACUAUUAAAGAUUGAUGGUGUUUUUGGGGUCGGUACGCUCUACGGUGGGUUAGAGAUCCAUAUCGAUAAGAAGCAGAGAAGUCUGAACGAAGUUCAAAAUGAUAUUACAGAACUUCUAGAACAAUCUAAAAUGCAUCGACCAUAUCGACUGAGGGAAGUAGUAAAUAAGCCAGCUGAGUUGGUAGGUUGGCAGUGUGAAAAUGGAAGCAACAUCGAAAGUCCUUCACCGAAUAAUGGAAGACUUCGGAAAGGGACGUUAGGGGGCUUUGCCAAUAGCAAUGACAACCAAAUAUAUGGGCUUACAUGCGCACAUGUUGUUCAAGGAAACGAAAAUGAGCAUAACGUGUUUAUAACCAAUGGCUCAUUAGAAAGGCACCUGUUUGCUAAAAGUAAACCGGAAAUGACUAUCCGUUUUGGAAGAAGUCAACACACAUAUAUUGAUUUUGCAGCUGUGAAAGUUAUCGAUGAUGUGCGCCACAAAUGUAUCCCAUUUUUAAAAGAUGAUGACGGUAUUGAAAGAAGGCCAACACUUACCAAUGAAACCCCCGACGAUCUUGUUGGGCUAUCUGUUUACAAGUAUGGUGCCACAACCCAGUUGACCAGUGGCGUCGUUUGCUCGGUGGACUACAGUGUGUUUGAUGCGCCUGAUGCCAAAGAUUAUAUUGUAGUCAUCGACACUCCUCCUGGCAGUGAAAAUGGGUUUUACGCGAGGAAGGGGGACAGCGGUUCCAUAAACUGCAUGACAGACUUAGAAAACGACGACAUCAAGAUAGAAGCCGUAUCAAUGCUCAGCCAUGGUGAUUUUAAAUUAGAAGGCUUAGAUGAUUCUUUAUGCUUAUCAUUCCUUCUGAGAAAAGGUAUUGAAAAAUUGAGAGAGUGCUCCGGCGGAGUAGAACUCUCGAUGCCUACAGAAUGUCUAUGAUGGACCCUGAAAAGCAAAAUAUGAUACAUGGUUGGGUACUUACAGUUUUAUACGCUCAUUCGAACAAAGGUUAGGUUACGUUUUAGUAUUAUAUUGAAAGAUGGACCAGCGUCGAUUGUCUCUCGGCAUCGGUCUCAUGACUUCUUUUUAUGAACAACUCGAUUGAUGUUCGCCAAAAAUGAUUAGAAACAAUAAUUUCAUAGACAUGUGUUGUUUUACUAUUUUGUUUAACUGCGUUAAAAGGAGCUAUUACUUACAAUAUGAAAUCCUUGAAAAGACGACAUGUGAUGACUCAUUUAAUGAACUUCCACUAACGUAAUCAACACAUCCUUGCGUGUGUGUGGUCUGUUGUUUAAAUGACCGUUGCUCUAUCAUACUUUAGAAAAUAAGGUUUACAUUUUCACUGUUUGCUUUGUUUUCGGUGCUCCCGAGGGAUCUACUUUUCAGAUUUUAUUUACAGUUUGGAUUACCUGUUCUGUGCAUAGAGGAGAUCGAUUAGUUUAAAGUUGGGUUUUGGAACGUUAGUGGAUGGAAACCUAGCUGUGACUUAGACAAUUUAACCUACACGUUUUAUGUGAUUUCAAUCAAAAUUGUAACAUUUAAGAUAUGUCAGAGUCACGUCUUGUAGAUGUGACGAUUAUCGCCCGAGAUAAUAUGAAUAAAUAUGUCCGUUCAGGGUCAGGUAGAAUCAAACUGAACUUUUUAUAUUUUUAAUAUAACUGAUUUAGAAAAAUGUUUUGAAGGUUGAAAAUGGAACACAAGUUUGAACGAUGUAUUAUAUUAACAUGUGCAUGCUCUUUGCCCUCAGAAAACUCGUCUAGAUAUUUUGAAGUUAACUCUUGUUUUUGAUCAGCUCCUAACUGAUGUUUAUAGAUUUCAAAAUGAUGGUUUUGUCUUCGUAUGUGGAGAGUUAAAUAGUGGGAAUGUAGAUGAUUUUAUUUGUGGAACAGAUGAUAUUUCAGAACGUGAUGGGGUAGACUUCACUGAAAUUACUUAUUGAUUUCCUGAUAAAUAGAAAUAAGUGUUUUUAAAUGGUAAAAAUUCAAUAAGAAAUGAUUUUACAUCUGUCUCAAUUAAAGGGUAAUCUGUGGUAGGUUAUUGUAUUGUACCUCAGGAUUUUGCUGUUACUCUUGCUACGGAAUUGAUCAACAACUUGAACAGGCUAGCACCCACUAGCAUACCAGAUCACUCGUUUCUUUCAUUGAAUGUGGUGUUUUCUGGUACUUAUUGUCAAUCUGAAUCAAACCUGCAAUGUACUUUUUAAAAGGUUUGAUGUGACUGAGGUGCCUAGUAACGUUAUGGGUGAACAUGUCUGUCUUUCACAGAUAAAUCUUGUUAUUGAUAAACUAGAACAGAGUCUGCGUACUCAAAGUGAUAUUGGUAAUGUUUAUAGUGAGUGGUGUGAUGUUAUUAAGCACAAUUUGUACAAUAGUAUAACAUUUAAAACUCUACAGGUUGGUAGAUCAAAUAAGAAAGCAUAAACCUGGUAAAUCUUGGUGGUCCGAUAAUCUUUCUAAGUUAUGGUCCGAUAUGUGCACUGCAGAAAAUAUGGAGACAAUCAACAUAAGAAAAUUAAAAUACCAUUGGAAGUGAUUUUGAAUAAUGGUAAAUUCCCAAAGGUUGUACUAGUCGUGUUAGAAAAAUGGGAUGUUUAUUUUAGUGCUUUUUAAGCAUCAAAACUCGAAUCAUGUGACUAAUUUACGCACUAAAUCUGUUAAUGGAGACGAUUUACCUUUCAAUGAUUUUAUCUCUGUAAUAGAAAAUGAAAAAAAUACCACUGUUGAUAAUGCAAAACGAGGUAAAGCAGUAGGGGCAGAUUCUAUACAUGCUGAAGUUUUAAUGAUUGUGCAAUAUCAUUUCUGCACACUUUCUUUAACAUUUGUUUUGAAAAAUCGUACUGUCCCCUCUGCAUGAGGUAAGUGUAUAAUUAAUCCAGUACCCAAGUCCUCUGGAUUAGACCCAUUGGAUCAUCUUCCGUACAGCAUUAUAUAGUAUUACACUCAGUUGUUUAGUAACUCUACUGCAGUAUUUUAAAGGAUAGGUUAAGUUCUUGGGUAGAAAGUAUUGGUAAGCUAGAAGAUUAACAGGGUGGUUUCCUGAAGAAUCGCAGUAACAUUGACAAAAUUUCAUUACUUACAAGCAUCAUAGAUACUAGAAAGAAAAACUAACUACCAACCUUCACAGUUUUUAUUGAUUUUAAUAAUUUAAAAAGCGUUUGAUUUUAUUAACAGAGACAAGUUAUGGAAUAGGCUGUAUGAUUUUGGUAUAAUUAUGUGGUAAAUUUUUGAAAGCUUUUAAAUCCCUUUAUUCAUCUGUUACUUCUUGUGUAAAAUAAAUACUUUUUGUAAUGACUGGUUCGAAGUAAAUGUUAGCCUUAGACGUGGCUGUAUCUUGUAAUACAUCAAUAACCUUAUACCUUAAACGUUUUGAUACAGGAAUUUCUUUUGCUGUUGAGAAAGUCUGCAUUCUUUUAUAUGCAGAUGCUAUUAUUUUGCUAACAGAGAAAGCCGAUGACUUACAGACAAUACUAAAUAUAUGGUCAGAUUUGGUGUAAUACAAAUCAUAUGAGCAUUAACUCUUGCAAAAGCAAUAUCAUGCACUUUCAUACUCCGUUUGUACAAUUUACUGUUAAGGUUUUUUGUGUGGAAAUAAUCAGUUGAACAGUGUUAAAAAGUAUGUACUGUCAAAAUGUAGUUUGCAUUUAACCCAAAAUGCAACAGAAGUCGAACCAGAUUUUUUUUUAACAUUUUCAGAUACAGAUAAGUUGAAAUUAUUUCUCAGUGGUUCCAGGUAAUUUAGAUUAAGUGGCAAAACCUGUUAUAACAUUUUAAAUAGAAGAGUGUUUUAUCUAUGUAAAUAAUAUCUAUACAGCUUAGUAUUUUAACAUGUAUGAUACUUUGUAUUUUACAAGAGGUUGCUGCUAAUCCGGUUUCUUAUGAUCUUACUAAGGUCGCAUUUGAUUGUCCUGGAUAUUUCCUUUUUAAGGGAUAUAUAUUUUUGUAAUUGUGCUGUAAGCUUUUUAUCUUCAACGCAUUUUAGAUUAGGUAUCAGCAUUUCAUUUUCUUUUUUAGCUCGCAUUUUUGAAGAAAAAUAUAGCUAUUGCACUCUCCCCGGCGUCACCGUUGCCGCUGGUUAAAGUGUUUGAUAAAGUCAAACCUCUGUUACUAUCAAAGCUAUUGACUUGAAACUUAAAAUAGUUAUUCACUAGUUAUCCUCUAUCAAAGUCUACAGCACGAGAAACAACCCCCGUAACUCUGAUUAUUAUACGCCCGAAGGGACGUAUUAUGUUAUACCCCAGGUGUCCGUCCGUCCGUCCGUUAGCAAUUUCUUGUCCGCUCUAUAACUCUUGAACCCCUUGAAGGAUUUCAAAGAAAGUUUACACAAAUGUUCACCACACCAAGACGACGUGCAGAGCGCAUGUUUUGGAUGUCUCGCUUCAAGGUUAAAGUCACACUUAGGGGUCAAAGGUCAUAUAUGACUGCUUUGUGUGUAUUGCUCUGCAUUGCAGUGCUCUUGUUUUUAUUUGGCAAAUCCCUUUUUGUUCACUUACAAUAACUUUUACUUCUAUUUUAUGUUACUAUAAAUAGCUUAUUUUGAAACUUUGUUAUUAUUGGCCGUAGGGAAAAACCGAGAGCACUUUUCGUUGGUACAACAUGGAUAGUACGUUCAAUUUUUAGGUGUAUUUUGACAUACCUGUACCUGGUAAGGAUUUUUUCGUUGGCUGCAAGAGGACGAUAGUACUACCGUACCGGCCCUUUCGUGAAAUUUACUUUUUCUUGAAUCCUCUAUUGUUUUCACAAAAGUACAAUAAUAAAGCGUUAAAUCUUUGAUUAAAACAUGAAAAACUCCUGAGACCUUUUGUCCCAUACAUGUAUAUUGUUUUACUGUGAAUAGAAACACGAGCAUUAAGCAUCACAUUUUUUCUUGUCUGAAUAUACAACUAACAAUAAACAUGAAGUGGUCGUGA